AUGUUGGCUAUCAUAAAUUAUGUCAUACUACUGCUUGUCAUUCUGUCUGCAACUUUUCUUUCCUACAGAAACUUCGAUGGAAAAAGAAAGAAAAGAUUGCUGCAUACAAACUUGCCACUGUUUGGUAUGACGCCAUUGCUAUUUUUCAACAUUCACAGAAUCCACGACUGUAUCACCGAGCUUCUUGAGAGCUCCACCACUGUUUGGUUUAAAGGCCCAUGGUUUGGCAACAUGGACAUGUUGAUGACUUGUGAUCCAGCAAAUGUUCAUUACAUAUUGAGCAAAAACUCUCAAAACUUCACAAAAGGUCCUGAAUUUAACAAGAUAUUCGACAUUUUAGGAGAUGGGAUAUUCAACGCGGAAUCAGAAUCGUGGGAAAACCAAAGGAGAACCAUUAUGUCAUUAAUCAAUCGCCAGGGGUUCCAAAAGUUCGUAGCUACAACUAGCCGAAACAAGGUGGAAGAAGGGCUCAUCCCGAUUCUGGAGAAUGCGGCAAAGAUAAGGAAGGAAGUGGAUAUGCAAGAAUUAUUUCAACGUUUUGCCUAUGAUUGCACUUGCAUUUUGAUUUUAGGCCAUGAUCCGGCUUCAUUGCACAAUGAUUUGCCACAUUUGUCAUAUGAAAAAGCCUUUGCUGAUGCUGAGGAAGCAGUUUUCUAUAGGCAUAUUCUCCCAGAAACUUGCUGGAAGCUUCAAAAAUGGCUCCAAAUUGGCAAAGAGAAGAACCUUAGUAAAGCGUUGUACUCCAUCAAUGAAUUUCUGAUGCAUUGUAUCUCUCUAAAGCAAUUGAAAAUUAAUUGUGCAGACCAAACCGCUCCACAAGAAAAUGAGGAUCUCGAUGUGUUAACAGGUUACAUGAAAGGAGCUGGAGAUAAGAGUGAUGCACCAGAUCACAUAUCUGAAAAUCUAUGGAAAGACACCAUGCUGAAUUUAAUCUUUGCUGGUAAAGACACCAUAAGUGCAGCUCUUACAUGGUUCUUUUGGCUUCUAGCAACGAAUCCGAUCGAAGAAAACAAGAUUCGAGAAGAAAUCAUGACGAAUUUACAAGUCGAUGAAAAAAGAAAAUGGAAAUAUUCCAACACAGAAGAGCUAAAGAAACUGGUUUAUCUACACGGUGCACUGUGUGAAGCAUUACGCCUGUUUCCACCAGUGCCUUUGCAGCACAAAGCUCCAAGAAAGCAAGAUAUUCUUCCAAGUGGACACAGGAUCAACCCGAAUAAAAAAACUUGUUUAUCAUUCUAUUCAAUGGGAAGAAUGAAAUCCAUAUGGGGGGAAGAUUGUCUAGAGUUUAAGCCAGAAAGAUGGAUUUCCGAACAAGGACAAAUAAAACACGAACCCUCUUUCAAGUUUACAGCAUUUAAUGCAGGGCCAAGGAGCUGUUUAGGGAAGGAGAUGUCUUUCAUUCAAAUGAAAAUAGUUGCAGCCUCCAUUAUAAGCAGUUUCCAUAUUGAAGUGGUAAAAGGCCAUGCUAUAGCUCCAUGUAACUCUGUUGUGCUUCAUAUGAAACAUGGUUUGAAGGUUACUGUUUCAAGGAAUAUUUAA